GUAACAUACAAAAAGAUACCGUGGAGAAACUGGACAUCCAGUGUUAAUUUAGUACAUCAGACGUUUCUAUCUUCCACAAUACCGCUCAUACUUACUACCUAGGGUGUCAUGAAGACCCUUUUUAUCGUGGUGUUCGUGGCGUUAGCUGGAACCUGUUUAGCACAACAACGAGGUAAAGACAGUGCUUGUGUGUAUGAUAAUGGACAAUUUCCACACGAAGACUACUGUGAUUAUUUCUACGACUGUAUAGAUGGCGUUGCCACCUUACAGCUAUGCCCUAAUGGUCUUGCAUUUCUUGGUAAAGGGCGUGGCCUUCUCCAAAGUUGUGAUUAUCCAAAGAGGGCUGGUUGUCCAGACGGAAAGCGUGUGAUGGGACAAAGCCCUAUCUCAACGGAAAAUUGUAACUGGCUAUGGGGAAGAUUUCCCCACAAAACAAGCUGCACACGUUAUUGGGAGUGUUGGAACGGCACCUACACCCUCAGAAAUUGUGGAUUUUCCCUUCUUUACAGCACUGAGAGUGAGUCUUGCGAUUGGCCAGAAAACGUUCCAGGUUGCCAGCAACACCCGACCUGUAAAAACAUUGCCAACGGAGCAGUCCCUAUUGAAAACAACUGCAAGAAUUUUUGGCAGUGUAUUGGAGCUUAUCCUUUUCUCCAAGAGUGCCCUGCUGGUCUAGCAUUCGAUCCCCAGUUCUUAAGCUGUAGGUUAGCCACGACUGUUCCUGGAUGCGAACCACCCCCCACGACAGAAGCACCAGAAGAGGAAGAGCGUCCAGCUUCUGGUAAUCGUCGUCGUACUGGUGCUGGCCUACAAAGACAAAAUUAUCAAAGUUUGGACACAAGCAGUGCCAACCAAACGCCCCUUCAAAACAACCGCGUAAAUGACAGACCACAGUUCAGGACAGCACCUGGAAAAUGAUUGACUAACGACAUUUAAUCACGAAUUAAAAAUUAAAUUCAAGAAAGCCAAUUUAAAUAAAUUUUCUAAGAAAGCUGAACCUGAUCAUGGUAUCAUCACAAGAGGUCCGGUACUUUUCUAUGUAUAGUAUCCUAACUCUUACCUUUAGAGGGGGGACAUUAGUUAAGCUUUAAUCCUAUGCUACUUCUUAUAGUCAAUGUUUAGUAAAAUAACAUUGUGUUUAAUGUUGUUUUUAUACAUCGUGUUUUAUACUCGCGACUGUCCCCUUCUUAUAGUCAAUGUUUAGUAAAGUAACAUUGUGUUUUAUGUUCGCGACUGUCCCCCUUAAAAGGAUUGAAAAUUGCGAUUUUAAUCAUUAAUCAUUUUUGUGGCUUCUUCGUUUAAUUCGUCACGAGUAUUUCUCAAACACUUAUCAGUAAUGUAUCUUAAGUUUUAUUAAUACAGUAAAAAAAAUCAUUUGUGAUACUUAAUCACACUACAUCAUUCUCAUCUAAAAUCUAAUCAAAUCAGAUCAGAUUAGUGUUUUUUUCAGUGUUCCCAUUAUUAUAUUUAAAAGAAAAUUUUACUUUAUUUGUGGCAUCUUGUCACAUUCGUAACAUUGAAAAAGUAAUCCGUUUUAUUUGCCUAUACUUCAUAUUAAAAUGUGAAUAGAGGGCAUUACUAUAAUUUUUCAUUUUCAACAAUCACAUAUUUCUAUGCGAGAAUGUUACCUCUACUUAUUCUUCGAGUUUUCGUUUUUGAGUAGCUUCGUUCUGCCAUAUUUAAAGUUUUCUUUUUGGAGGGAGGGGAUUGUGAGGUAUAUAUUAAAUUAAAAUAUCUUUAUAUUACAAACUGAUUUUCUGAUCUUCUCAUUUUAAUCAUCGUUUGUACACAUUCUGCAUUAAUAUUUGUAAAUAAAAGCAAUGAAAAGCA